UCUAAUUAUGUAGUGCAGGAGCGAAAUAAUCAUUCCACUGCCUUGCUCAUGCGGCCCCGGAGACGGGAGAAGACUUGACAACCGCUCAGCUUGCGGCGCCUCGUAAACCACAGCCAGGCCAUGAGCGCCUUCCGCAGGGCAGGCACUGCGGACAUGGGCACCCGCCCAGGCCUGCAUGGCCAGACGCUGGUGUCCAUGGGCCUGGUGGACCUGGACCGGAUCCUUGGAGGUGGCCUACCGCUGUCAUCUGUCCUGCUUGUGCUUGAGGAUCCCUAUUCUGGGCAGCACUUGAAUCUGAUGCGGUACUUCAUGGCAGAGGGCGUGGCGUGCCGACAGAAAGUAAUGUGGCUAAGCGCAUCGCCGCCGGCCGGCGGGCCAGGGGCAUUCCUGCCUGCAGAGGCCAGCGCAUCUCAGUCCUCGUCGGACGACGCAGCGGCGGAGAAGGAGCAACCUGAGCUGCGCAUUGCGUGGCAGUACCGCAAAUACAUAAAGGACGAGCCACAGCAGCAGCCGCAGCGGGCACAGUCGGCGGCGAGCAUGUCGGGGCGGUCUGGAGCAUCGGCGUCCACAACCACCGGCGCGAAGUCGUCAUUCGCACGUGCGGGCGCGGCUGUUGCCGCGGGUGUUGGGCGCGAGUGGUGCCACAGCUAUGACCUGACACGGCCGAUCGGGGAGGAGGCGCUACGCGGCGCAGCGCUGGAAGUGGCGGAGUGCAGUGGGCCAGCCGCCUACGCAGCAGCGGAUGAGCGCGCCGGGGCCUUUCUCUCAUCGCUCGCGCCUUCUGCACCCGACCACGCAACAGCAGUGGCAGCCCCGGGCUCCGCCGCAGCGGUGCUGGCAGCCGCAGCUGCUGCCCGGCGAGGGCCAGAGCCGGUCGGGCGCCUGGUGAUCGAGUCAGCCGGCAGCCUGGGGUGGUGGGCCAGGGGUGGCAGUGGCUGUAGCAGCAGCCUGGGUCUAGGCUCGCUGCAGGCCCAGGGCGAGGGCGCGCGUCAGCAGCAGGAGGUGGAGCUGCUGCGGCUGCUUUACAACGUGCGGCAGCGGGCGCUACGGGCGCGGUGCGCAGUCAUGGUGACGGUGCCGGCAGGCCUGCUGAGUGCGGGAACUGCCAGCCGGCUGCCGCACUUGGCUGACAGUGUGUUGGGUCUGGACCCGCUGUCAGACGACUCGCAGCUACACCGCCUGCUGCCUGACCCGGCCAGUGCGGUGGCGCUACUCAGUGUCCGCAAGCUGUGCUCGGCGGGCAUGCUGGGCCCCCGCACCUGCGACGGAGUGCUGCACGUGGUGCGGCACAAGCGGCGGCGGCUGGGGCUCAGCGUCGUGGAGGUGGACCCGGACGCAGAGGAGCGGCUCGCGGAGGCGACGGCGCGCGCGCAGGAGGCGUAUAUGAAGGGGGGGCCGCGGGGGGCGGCUGGGGCUGCAGGAGUUGUGGCGGCCAAGACCGCCAGCAAGAGCACGGCAGCACUGCUGUGCGGCGGGCCGCCGGCACCCGGGGGUGGCAGCAAGGCACUUGACUUUUGAAGAGAAACUUGUGUUGCAUGGGGAGGCCGGACGCGAGUGAUGAAAUGGUAUGGCAAAUUGUCCAGGUUGCAAUGCGAUGCUGGAGCGGGGCGAAACCCAGUGGGCCAGUGCACCCGCUUGAUAUGUGGGACAUAACGCACUGGUGCCAAAAAGCAAUGUAAGCCCCGUAGUGC